AUGUUCGCUCGCUCCGCCUUCCCCGCUCUUCGUGUCGCUUCCAAGCGUGCUUUUUCCAACCAGGCUGCUGGCACUGUCAGCAACGCCUCGUUUCGCCAAUACAUGGGUGGUGCUGCCCUCGCUGCCGGCGGUGCUCUCACCUACUCGGUUUUUGCCGCACCCUCCAUUCACCUCGAGGGCCCUAAGACCAUCGCUGGCGAGGUUGGCACUGCCUCUGAGCGAUCGUAUGUGAUGAUCAAGCCCGACGGUACCUCACGCCAGAUCGUUGGUGAGAUCAUUUCUCGAUUCGAGAAGCGUGGCUACGUGCUCCGUGCCAUAAAAUCAGUGGUUCCCUCGCAAGAGCUCGCCAAGGAGCACUACAUCGACCUUAGCAAAAAGCCCUUUUACUCUGGCCUCGUUUCGUACAUCACUUGCGGUACCCCCGUGAUCGCCAUGGUCUGGGAGGGCAAGGACGUCAUUCGCCAGGGUCGCCGCCUUGUGGGUGCUACCAACCCCCUUGACGCUGCUCCCGGUUCGAUUCGCGGCGACUACUGCAUCUCGGUCGGCCGCAACAUCAUCCACGCUUCGGACUCGCACGAGUCGGCUACCAAGGAGAUUGGCCUCUGGUUCCACGAGAAGGAGCUUGCCACUGAUUACCAGCCCAUCGCUUACAGCAUGAUCAUGACUGAAAACUAA